CCCGGCUAUCUCCUCACGCCGCCACCGCACGGUACAAACCCUAGCCGUCGCUCAUGAUGUCGUCCACCUCCAGCUCUUCCGCUACGCUCAGAACGACAGUCUCUUCUCCUGUCCUUCCCAGUUCUUCAGACGCGACAGCAAAUUUCCCCAGCACCGCCGCUUCUCCUCAUGGUGACCCGCCACCGGUGCUUCCCUCAGUCGAGUCCGGGGUGACGUUUUCUUCUGCUUUUACGUCACCCGGCAGGACCUCCAUGCCAUACUCACUUUUCCAGAAUCUGCCCCCGGUGUUUCCAUUGUCUCCUCCCUCUCCGGUGCCGUGUAUUCCCCUUGAUCCGCCUCCCUAUACGGCUGCCUCCUUCGCCGACCCCACUUUUGUCGGAUCCCCGGGAAUCUCCUCCAAUCUCCAACCACUGCGCACCACACCAGUCAGCGCCACCGGUUCCUCUCUGGCAGAUUUGGCUCUAACAAUCUCUCACGUGGCUACCAACGUUACAAACAUUGUUACCACCAAACUUCUUGCUAUUGAUGAUUAAACUACGUGGAGAACCCAGUUUGAGUCCUUCCUUGUUUCACAAGGUCUCCUUGGCAUGGUAGAUGGAUCUAUUCAGGUACCUUCCGCUUAUUUCAUAGAUGUUCUUAACCGUUAAAUUUCAAAUCCCGAAUUUUCUAUUUGGUUGCGAAUUGAUCAAACAAUUCAUUCAUGGUUGUUCGCAACUCUUUCACGUGAUCUUCUUAUUGACGUUCGGGAUUUAAAACACUCGUACGAAAUUUGAGAACGGUUAGAAUCACGGUUUAUGUCUGCCAGUUUAGCCCGGUCUAUGGAAUUACAACAUCAAUUUUCCCAAAUUAAAAAGAAACCUGAUCAAUCCAUGGAUAGUUAUUUACGUGAAAUAAAAAUACUGGCUGAUGAUCUUGCCACUAUUAAUUGCCCCGUCUCACCGCGUGAUCUGCUGAAAUCCACUAUUAUGGGACUUGGUCCCAAAUAUAAAUCCCGGUUCACUGCGGUGUCUCUUUUUCCUCACAAUUUUCCGUUUGAGACCCUGCGGAAUCAUCAUCUUGAAUUAGAGCAAAGGGUUCUAUACCUUCGGUCCCAAGAGCAGCAGCCAGUCCACCAGGCUUUCAGCGCACAACUCCAGCAGCAUGGCGCGUAGGCAGGUCCGCAGCAUCUCCGGCAGCUGGGUGCACCGCAGCAGCAGUGGCCUCCUGGUAAUUUUGCGCGCGGACGAGGUGGACGAGGACGGGGCGGCAGAGGUCGUGGUGGUCGUGAAAGGGAACGCGGCCAACCGACGGCACCUCACGACCAGCAGCUGUACUGGUACCCACCGUAUGCGGUGUCACCGCAAGGCACAACCGCAGGGGGUGGUCCUUCGGCAGGGUGUGUGCCUUGUAUGGGUACUGCUUCUUGUAAUUCUACUAUGUCACAUUUAAAUAUCAAUGCUUUACCUGUUUGUGCUACUAACUUUGGUUCUGCAGGCACUUCCUCAAAUGGGGGUAUUCUUGGGGCGAUUCCCAAUCCUAUUGUGUGUCAGAUCUGUUUCUCUGCAGGUCAUUCUGCUAUUGCUUGUCCAUCUUGGUUCAACCAGACUUCCACUCCAGCUUUGUUGACUGCUUCUGGUGAAUCUAAUUCGGCUUUAUGGUAUCCUGACUCGGGAGCGUCUGCUCAUAUGACUGCAUCAGAAGGACAAGGCAUCGGGGGCGGUGCUUCUGCGUGCUAAUAGUAAUGGACCGCUAUAUCUACUUCGUUUGCAGUCAUCCUUCUCAUCGUUAGCCCUAACUUCUGUUUUAGCUUCUGGCCCUGUGUGGCACCAUAGACUAGGUCACUGUGGUGACAAUGUUUUACAGUUUCCUAAACGCAAACAAUUUCUAUGUAGUCACACUCCUUUUACUCAUGAAUGUGUUGCUUGUAGGCUAGGAAAAUCACAACAUUUGCGCUUUUCGGAUGCUAGUCAUAAUUCUUUUCUUCCGUUGCAACUUAUUCAUUCUGAUGUAUGGCAAUC